CCCGAUAACUAAACACGAACAGAAGGAACUACUGCCACCUGCUUUGAUGUCGAUGUGCACCAUGCUAAAUACUUAUCCCGUUUCAGCGUGACACUUGCAUGACAGGGGUCACAUUGAUAAAACAGCAGUUUAUUUCUGCCCAAUUUAUCAGGCAGCUUUUUCUGAUGACACGGGCGAUCCAUCGGGGCCUGAGGAAUUCUGCGCACUUCUGAAAACGUCAGAUAUGCUUUCAUCAACCUUGCUGCCUUACCGCAUGACACCUUAAAUGCUUUUCGACCAGGGAUUUAUCGAGUUGGACGGUCACAUUGGACAGCAUGAGGAAGGACGUGAGGAUAUUACUCGUAGGGGAACCCAAAGUGGGGAAGACCUCCCUCAUCAUGUCGCUGGUGACAGAGGAGUUCCCUGAUGUGGUGCCGUACCGUGCCGAGGAGAUCACCAUUCCUGCUGAUGUCACCCCGGAGAGAGUACCUACGCACAUCGUCGACUACUCAGAGGCCGAACAGACAGAUGAACAGCUCUUUCAAGAGAUAACUAAGGCCAAUGUCAUAUGCAUCGUCUAUUCAGUCAACAACAAGAACUCCAUUGAAAAGGUCACCAGUCACUGGAUUCCACUCAUCAAUGACAACACGGAUAAGGACAGCAGGGUUCCCCUCAUCCUGGUGGGCAACAAGUCAGACCUGGUGGAGCACAGCAGCAUGGAGACCAUUCUGCCCAUCAUGAACAAGUACACCGAGAUAGAGACCUGCGUGGAGUGUUCUGCCAAAAACCUGAAGAAUAUUUCCGAGCUCUUCUACUAUGCCCAAAAGGCUGUCCUGCACCCCACUGGACCCCUCUACUGCCCCGACCUGAAGUUGAUGAAGCCAUCUUGUCUGAGGGCCCUGACCCGCAUCUUCAAGGUGUCCGAUUUGGAUAACGACGGCAUCCUCAAUGACCAUGAACUCAACAUCUUUCAGAGGACGUGUUUCAACACCCCACUGGCUGCCCAGGCCCUGGAGGACGUUAAGAACGUGGUGAGGAAGAACAUCAACGAUGGAGUGUGUGACAACGGCCUCACACUGAAUGGGUUCCUCUUUCUGCACACGCUCUUCAUCCAGAGGGGGCGGCAUGAGACCACCUGGACCGUCCUGCGCAGGUUUGGCUACGAUGACGACCUGGAGCUCCAUCAGGACUACCUCUUUCCCCCGUUAAAAAUACCUCCCGACUGCACCACUGAGCUGAACCACAACGCUUACCUCUUCCUGCAGAGUGUCUUCGACAAGCAUGACAAGGACAGGGACUGUGCACUUUCCCCUGAGGAGCUGAAGGACCUGUUUGACGUCUUCCCCUACAUACCCUGGGGGCAGGACGUCAACAACACCGUCUGCACCAACGACCAGGGAUGGAUCACCUACCAGGGCUACCUCUCGCAGUGGACGCUAACUACAUACCUGGACGUACAGAGGUGUCUGGAGUACCUGGGUUACCUAGGUUACUCGAUCCUUGCUGAGCAGGAGUCUCAGGCAUCUGGAGUAACUGUGACUCGAGACAAGAAGAUCGAUCUGCAGAAGAGGCAGACCCAGAGGAACGUGUUCCGUUGUAACGUGUUCGGGGCCAGCGGCAGCGGAAAGAGCGGCUUCCUGCAGGCGUUCCUGGGAAGAAAUAUGAUGCGCCAGAGAACGAUAAACGAGGAACACAAGUCCUACUACGCCAUCAGCACUGCCUACGUCUACGGUCAGGAGAAGUACUUGCUGCUCCACGAAGUUUUCCCAGACUUCGAUUUCCUGUCGGAUGCCGAGCUGUCCUGCGACGUGGUGUGCCUGAUCUAUGACAGCAGCAAUCCGGUCUCGUUCGAGUACUGCGCAAAGGUCUUUAAGCAAUACUUCAUGGACAGCAAGAUGCCGUGCAUGCUGGUGGCGUGCAAGGCGGACCUGCCGGAGGUGAAGCAGCAGUACGCCAUGACGCCGCUGGAGUUCUGCAGGAAGCACAAGAUGCCGCCGCCGCAGUCCUACACCUGCAACACGGCGGCCGCGCCCAGCCGAGACAUCUUCAUCAAGCUCUGCACCAUGGCCAUGUACCCGCACAUGUCCCAGACUGAUCUGCAGAGCUCCACCUUUUGGUUGAAGGCGAGCGUCGGGGCCACGGUCUUCAUGGUGCUGGGGUUCGCCAUGUACAGAGCCAUGCUCCGCUCCCGAUGACGGACUUAACCAACCCGCACACUGUAGCUC